AUGGAAGAGUAAGUUAAGCGAUUGCAAACGCUUGUUGAACAUCUCUAAAGAAAGAGUAAAAUAAACAAUUCUAAACUCGAUAUUGAAUGUUAUGAAGUUUUCUCGGAAUGUGUCUUAAUUGUACAGAGUCAAAUUAGUGUCGAAAUUGCAAAUGUCAUGGAAAAAUUGUUUAACCUCCUUAGAGAAAUGUUAGAAUCUGCUCAAUCUCAAAUCAAACUACAUCCUGAACCAAAGCCUAUUCUCUUGACUCCUUAACUUCCAGACUUUAUUAAUGCACUUCAACUAGGAAGUGUCAGCAUCAUCGAUUAGUUAGGUACCCCAUAACAAAUCAAAAAUUAUCAAUAAAUUCCUUGGAGUGACUAUAAAUGUAGGGGUUAAGGAACCAGAAAUUUGAGAACCUACUAAGAUGUAGGUACUAGCACAAUCAUUGAUUAUUAUCAAAAUUGUUAGAAAGCAUCAAGUGAUCUUUUGAGGAGAGAAGAGGAAAUGAGAGAAUGGUUAGAGUUUACUAACGAUACGAUCUCCAUGUUAAGUGAAGCAUUGUCUAAUAAAAAAUAAUUAGAUAUUGAAUUUUAGGGCAAGCCUGAAGAUUUGGAUUUAGUCAUAUCAGACAUUCAAUUCAAAAGGCUAAAUUUGGAAUAAUUGCUGAAGUCUGUGAAUUAAGACAAUAUGGGAGUUCAAAAUUAUGAUAACACUGUCUAAUUCCUCUUAUAACACAUUCAUCAUAUACAAUAGUAAACUGCAAUUGCUAUAAUCCAUCGAUACAAGUAGAGAAAUUAAGAGAAGGAGAAGCAGUAGUAAUUGAUAAAUGAGAUGAAGGGUAAGAUUAAGAAAAAAGCCAUUAAUAAUAAGGAAGAUUGCCGAUGUUCAUAGUAUGUGAUUGAAAUUUUAACAUUGAAAAAUAAAUUGGAAACAACCCAAAAUGAAAUUUUGAAAAAGGAUAACCAAUUAUUAGAACUUCAAGUAAUAAAUGAACAGAAAGACAGGCAAUUCAAAAUGAUGCAAGCAUAACUCUCAUAACUAGAAGGUGAAAAAUCAGAGUUCAAAUAAAAAUUAGACAACAUUUAUAAGGAAUAUUCAAAAUUAGUGAAAAAGAAUAGUGAUCGAGAAAGAGGAUAUGUGUCAUCUAGCAGUAAUGAUGAAAUCCUAAUAAAUGCAAUAUCAGGAAAUCCGAGAACUACAAGCAGAGAGUAAUCUUAAUAAUUAUCUUCAAAAUAAUAAAUAUAUUUAAGUCCAAAAGAUAAUUUCAUUAUUUAGAAGAAAACUCAAUAAAUGGAAAGAUUAGUGAAAUUGGUCAACGCUUUAGAUGGAAAUAACUAAACAAGAAGAUUAACACAAAUGCAAUUUAUAUUGGAGUAGAAGGUAAGUUCGUAAAUUCACGAAUUGGCUGAUUUGAUUAAGGAUAUCGAAGAAAAUGAUUUAUUAUAGAACGAUAACAUGGACAAUAGUUAACUAUCAAAUAAUAUAGAUUAACCAUCUUCAAUUAAAAACUUAGAAAAUAAAUUUAAAUAGAAUAUUUUUAGUAAGAACUUACUCCAAACUUCCUUUGAGAUUGAAAGCAGUAAUGAUAAGCCUGCCAUCAAAGUUAGUAUACCAACUGAAUAAUAAAUAGCAAGUAGUAGAAACAUGUCAUCAGCUAAUAGCAAUUACAAAAAGGUUGAAUAAUUUGGAUAAUCAGCAAAUAAAAUGGAUGUUCUUAAAAUUGUGAACACAUCUCCUAAUUAAUUGACUCCACACUAUCCAUUAUCAAAAGCAAAGUCAUCUCAAAAUAUCAAUAUGACCAGAUAAAGUUCUAUAAAAACAGAAUAAAAGCAAUAAAAUCUAAAAGAGUAAAAGGAAACAAAGGAUACUAAGGAUCAAUAUUAAUAGACAGAUUUAACGAUGAUGUCGAAUAUCUUUUAUAAAGACUAAUAUAAUUUGCAAUAAGAAAAUGAAUAAUUAGAAAACUUUAAAUUCUAAAGCUCAAACAUUAAAAUAAACUCACAACAAUAACUAACAACAAGCAGCACUGCUAAUUUCAAUUCUGCUGGUACUAUGGGAAUAGGUAAUCUUAAUUCUCCUAUCCAAUCAACUCCGAAUUCCAACCUUCCAUCUCCUCGAAAUCAAUAAUCUUAUCAUCAAACCAAUGUGUUCCCCUCUCCAUCACCCUCAACACGUCAAAGCAAAGUACCAACUCUGAAACUCGAAUAAGAAUCAUAUCAAAAAAGUUAAUUAAUAGAAAAAAAGAAUUUAACAAAAGGAAAAACUUUGAAAUAGAAAAUUUACUUAUAAUAAGAGGAAAGAUAUUUGAAUUAGUAGCAUAGAAGAAUGUACACUACGACAGGUACUUAAUCUUAAACCAUUUCUCCUCGUGAAUACUGCACUCCUAGAAAUAAAACAAAAGAUGAUCUCGUUUUGACUAAAUUGUAAUAAGAAUGUGAUGAUAAACAGUAAGAGGAGUAAUUAUUUUAUGAUCAAAUUGCGAAUGAGAUUACUGAGUAGAAUGAGUAAGAGGUCAUUUAAAAAGCUAUUAAUAGAACUCCAGGAUAUGAGUUGGCAUAAGAAAUCAAUGAUAAAAUUCUCGAAACAAUGUUUGGUAAUCUUAAUAGGACUCCAGAUAUAGCUGAGAUGGUCAUCCAAUUAAGCAAAAGUGGUUAAUUGAGUCUCAAUGAAUUCAAGAGGUUUGUAAAUAGGAUGCAAGCAUUCCACAAGAGGUGUGGAAGAGAUUGUAAUCAUUUGAUGCGGUAUGUGAUUUUUUGUUAAGUUUUAGAUUUUAUUUGAGACUAGGUUUCGUGUCUAUGAAGUACCUAAAUAAGAGAAGGAUGUUAAAAUUGAGCAAGCCGACGGUUCUCCCUGGUUUCAAAUGA